UCCAGUUUUCGUUAGGGACGGACAUAAUAGAGCACACCGUCAUUGAAUUGAUUGAAUUGAAACAAAAAAAAAAUCACAUCCGUGCAUUUAAUGGCUCGGCCUGAGAAUCGGUGUCAGUGCAAUUCGUGACGUCGACAAGCGUAUAGGAAGGCCAAUCAACGCAUUAAACGCAUUAAAAUCAUAAAUUAAUAAUAACGACCUUUUAAUUUUACGGGUAAUACAUAUUAUAUAAAAAAUGCAGGCAUAUGUGAACUUGCCACACAACCAGUGAUUACUGGGAAAUUUUACAAAAAUAUCUACAAUACCUGCCGAGCGGAAAUUGUUGAAGUUGUCACAUUCGUGUGUUUUUCUACGAUUUUAUUUUAUUUAAUUUUUCUCUGUAUGUAUAUAUAUAUCAGUGUGUGAACUCAAGCUUUUUCCAGCGUUGAAAACUUUUUCAAAAAGAGCACGAACCCCUACACAUUGUUGUUGCAACAAUAAAUAUAUGCCUUUAUUAUACGUGUGGCAAUUCGUGUAUCUAUUGCCUACUGCCUAUGCAAAUUUAAUAGAUACGAAUAAUUAAAUUAUUUCGAUUUUCCUGCUCUCCCUACCACUUUUUCACCAAAUAACGAACACGAGUGGUGAGUGAAAAAAAAAGAAAUUAAAAUAACACCUCCGUAGAACCUUCGUGGAACUUUGUAUUUGCAUAUAUAAUAUAUAGAGAUAUACAUAUGCACAUAUAUGUAUAUAUGUAUCUGUGUUUAUUUUGUGGCACCCAUUGCUAGCGAUCUUCGCUUACCGAGCAACUGACUGUCUACUCGUCAUUCAUUGCUACUAUCAUUUAAUUUGUAAUUUAUUUGCGUCGCAAUGGAUUUCUACACAAAAGCUGAGCGUCACAGCAGCAGCAGCAGUAAUAACAAUAACAACGAUGUUGUGCGCAAAAUGGACACACAACUGGUGUGGGCACGCGAUCCCGUCGAAGGUUAUAUACAGUGUUGCAUAUCGGAGAUCGGUGCUAAAGAGUUCGAGGUGACGCCGAUCGAUCGGAAAUAUCCAAAACGUUCCUGUCAUGUCGAUGAUAUAUUCUCAUCCUGUGAUGGGCCACAAGACCAUGAUGAUAAUUGUGAACUUAUGCUGCUGAAUGAAGCGACUUUCUUGGAUAACUUAAAAACACGUUACUAUAAAGACAAAAUUUAUACUUAUGUGGCCAACAUACUCAUCGCUGUGAAUCCAUACCGUGAAAUCACUGAUCUCUACUCAUCAACAACAAUUAGAAAAUAUACUGGACGUUCCUUGGGCGAACUGCCGCCACAUGUAUUUGCUAUAGCUGAUAAGGCUAUACGCGAUAUGCGCGUACUCAAAUCGUCACAAUCAAUUAUCGUAUCUGGCGAAUCCGGUGCUGGCAAAACAGAAUCGACAAAAUAUCUAUUAAAGUAUUUAUGCCAUUCCAGCGAUAGUGCCGGUCCCAUUGAGCAAAAAAUCUUAGAUGCCAAUCCCGUACUCGAAGCAUUUGGUAAUGCAAAAACAACGCGCAACAACAAUUCAUCGCGUUUCGGUAAAUUCAUUGAAGUGCAUUAUGACGCCAAAUGUCAAGUAGUCGGCGGUUAUAUAUCCCAUUAUCUAUUGGAGAAGAGUCGUAUAUGCACGCAAAGUUCGGAGGAGCGCAACUAUCAUGUAUUUUAUAUGCUGCUUGCAGGUGCGCCACAACAGCUGCGUGAUAAGCUCAAUUUGGGCAAACCAGAUGAUUAUCGGUAUCUUUCCGGCUGCACACAGUAUUUCGCCAAUGCAAAGACGGAGCAGCUAAUUCCUGCUGCGCAAAAAUCUAGCAAUCAUAUGAAAAAGGGUCCGCUCAAAGAUCCCAUCAUCGAUGAUUACAAUCAUUUUCAAAAUCUCGAUCGUGCUUUGGGUCGUUUGGGUUUGAGUGAAGUGAAUAAACUGGAAAUUUAUUCCUUGGUAGCGGCAGUACUACAUUUGGGUAAUAUUGCUUUCGAAGAGAUACCCGAUGAUGCACGAGGUGGUUGUCAAGUUUCGGAAACUUCAGAGAAAUCACUUACCAUUACAUCAAAGCUCUUGGGUGUAGAUCCAUCGGAACUUAGACAGGCGCUCGUAUCGCGUGUAAUGCAAAGCAAAGGUGGCGGUUUCAAGGGCACAGUAAUUAUGGUACCUUUGAAAAUAUACGAAGCCAGCAAUGCGCGUGAUGCGCUCGCCAAGGCCAUUUACAGUCGUCUCUUUGAUCGCAUUGUCGCUUUAAUUAAUCAAAGUAUACCCUUCCAAGCCUCCAAUUUUUAUAUUGGUGUAUUGGAUAUUGCCGGUUUUGAGUAUUUCACCGUAAAUUCAUUCGAACAAUUUUGCAUUAAUUAUUGCAAUGAAAAAUUGCAAAAAUUCUUCAACGACAACAUUCUGAAGAACGAGCAGGAGUUGUAUAAGAGUGAAGGUUUAAAUGUGCCGGAAAUUACAUUCACCGAUAAUCAGGAUAUCAUCGAUUUAAUUGAAGCGAAGGCAAAUGGCAUUUACACGCUGCUCGAUGAGGAAUCGAAGUUGCCUAAGCCAUCGGCACAACACUUCGCCGCCGAGGUGCAUAAGGCGUGGUCGAAUCAUUUCCGUUUGGGCUUGCCGCGCUCAUCACGUUUGAAGGCACACCGCACGCUAAGGGAUGAGGAUGGUUUUUUGGUGCGCCACUUUGCCGGCGCUGUCUGUUAUAAUACGGAACAAUUUAUUGAGAAAAACAACGAUGCCUUGCAUGCCUCUUUGGAGGGUUUGGUGCAGGAGUGUGAAAAUCCGCUGCUCAAAACACUCUUCCCCUCCGGCAGUAACACGGCUCUGCGCGGUAAAUUGAAUUUCAUAUCGGUGGGCUCGAAAUUCAAAUCACAACUUGCCGAAUUAAUGGAGAAAUUGGAAAAGAAUGGCACCAAUUUCAUACGCUGCAUUAAGCCGAACAGUAAAAUGAUCGAUCGUGAUUUCGAGGGCGGCCUCGCAUUGGCACAGUUGAAAUGUUCGGGCACCAUCUCUGUGCUGGAGCUUAUGGAGCACGGUUAUCCGUCACGCGUACAAUUCGCCGACCUAUAUAAUAUGUAUAAAUCAGUAUUGCCGCCGGAGCUGGCCAAACUACCGCCGCGCACAUUCUGUGAAGCCAUGCUGCAAUCAUUGAACCUUAGCUCGAAGGAUUUCAAAUUUGGCGUUAAGAAGGUAUUUUUCCGCCCUGGCAAAUUUGUUGAAUUCGAUCGUAUUAUGAAAUCAGAUCCUGAAAAUUUGUUAGCCAUUGUGGCCAAGGUGAAGAAAUGGCUGAUACGUUCGCGUUGGAUCAAAUCGACGCUCGGUGCGGUGUGUGUGAUCAAAUUACGAAAUCGCAUUAAAUAUCGCAAUAAUUGUGUUUUGCUCAUACAACGUACGGUACGUGGCUAUUUGGCGCGUAAACAGCAUCGUCCACGUUACCAAGGCAUUGCCAAAAUCAAUAAAAUACGUUUUAGUGCGCAAAAAACGAUCGAAAUUGCAGGCGGUUUGAAAAGUGGGCGCGAUGAGUUUAUUAACGAAGUUCAUGGUAUACAUCGUCAAGUGGAUGAGGCCAUAAAUACUAUUAAGGCAAAUGAGAGAAUUACUUCAAGAGAAAUCGAUGGCCUUUACACUAUCAUUAUGGCCAAUAUGAAUAAGCUCACUGUGGAUUUGAAUACGAAAUUGAAGGAACAAAAACAAGCUGAGGAACAGGAACGUCUGCGCAAAAUCCAGGAAGCGCUCGAGGCUGAACGACGCGCCAAAGAAGAAGAGGAGCGCAAGAAACUUGAGGAUGAAGAAAAUAAGCGACUUAAAGCCGAAAUGGAAUCACGUCGCAAGGCCGAAGAGGUGCAACGUCUCCGGCAAGAAGAGGAAGAUCGCCGAGCAGCAUUGGCAUUGCAAGCACAAUUGGAAAAGGAGGCGCAAGAUGAUGCCAAGUAUAGACAACAAUUGGAACAGGAGCGUCGUGAUCAUGAAUUAGCGCUACGUUUGGCGAACGAAACCAAUGGCAUGGUGGAGGAUAGUCCACCAGUUAUACGCAAUGGUCAAACUGAUGUGUCGCCCAUGGCUCCGAACAAACUUAUCAGAUCUGAAAAUGUCCGCGCUCAGCAACAGGCGUUGGGCAAGCAAAAAUAUGAUUUAUCGAAAUGGAAAUACUCGGAAUUACGUGAUGCUAUCAAUACAUCCUGUGAUAUUGAGUUGCUUGAGGCUUGUCGUCAGGAGUUUCAUCGCCGUUUGAAGGUAUAUCAUGCCUGGAAGGCAAAGAAUCGCAAACGUACCACCAUGGAGGAGAAUGAGCGGGCACCAAAGAGUGUAAUGGAAGCAGCUUAUAAAGCACCACCGCUAGCACAUCCGAAACAGGAAAUCACUACUGCCCAACAUCGUUACUUCCGCAUACCAUUCAUGCGUGCCAAUGCGCCGGAAAAUACCAAACGUGGCCUCUGGUAUGCACACUUUGAUGGACAAUGGAUAGCGAGACAAAUGGAGUUGCAUGCCGACAAACCGCCCAUACUGCUCGUUGCAGGCAUCGAUGAUAUGCAAAUGUGCGAACUGAGUCUCGAGGAAACCGGUUUAACACGCAAACGUGGCGCUGAAAUAUUGGAGCAUGAAUUUAAUCGUGAAUGGGAACGUAAUGGUGGUAAACCAUAUAAAAAUCUGGGUGCUAAUAAUAAUUAAAUGAGAUUGUUGUACGAUGCGUAUAGCAAAGAAAUUAGUAUAAAAAGGCAGUUUAAAUAGAAAGACUAAAAAAAAAAAUCAACUGUAUGUAAUGUAGUUGAUAUUGCAAGUAAAUCAAAAGUAUAGUAAUCAAAUAAAUUAUUAAUAAAAUUGUACGUGUAUUUUUCCAAAACAAAACAAAAAAAAAAUACAAUAUUCUUUUGAUAUUCAAACAAAUUAAGAACCGUCAGGCAGUCAAGCAGGCAGUCAAUCAGUGAAUGUGCUUUCAUCGAUGUAUCUAACAAGAGCAAGGGAUAUAUAUUAUAUACAUAUGUAUAGCAGUAAUUGUAGCAUUAAAUUUGCAAAAAUGUUUGUUUGGUUAAAAAGGAAGAAAAAUAUAUUAACUAAUAAAAAAACAAAAUGCUUUAACAUUGUAUAAGUUGCUUGAAAACAUUA